CUCUACUCUCUCUCUUGAUCGUUCUCUCAGUUCUCGAUCUCCGAUCAGCAACUUCCUUGUCUGACAGAUCUUUGUUUGAGGAGAAAGGAAAGGAAAGGAAAGAUGUCGGGGCAAACACAGCGUCUGAAUGUGGUCCCCACAGUGACGAUGCUGGGAGUGGUGAAAGCUCGUUUGGUUGGAGCUACUCGAGGCCACGCGCUUCUGAAGAAGAAGAGUGAUGCUCUCACCGUGCAGUUCAGGCAGAUCCUGAAGAAGAUUGUGUCCACAAAGGAAUCAAUGGGUGACAUAAUGAAGACCUCUUCUUUCGCCUUAACUGAGGCCAAGUAUGUUGCCGGGGACAACAUCAAGCAUGUUGUGCUUGAGAAUGUUCGAGAAGCUUCACUCCGGGUCCGUUCUCGCCACGAGAAUAUUGCCGGAGUGAGACUUCCAAAAUUCGACUACACCGCCGAUGGCGAGGUCACAAAGAAUGACCUCACCGGAUUGGCCAGGGGUGGCCAGCAGGUGCAGCAAUGCCGUGCUGCUUACGUCAAGGCUAUUGAGGUUCUUGUUGAGCUUGCUUCCUUGCAGACCUCUUUCCUCACCCUUGAUGAGGCUAUCAAGACCACCAACCGCAGGGUCAAUGCUCUUGAGAAUGUUGUCAAGCCUAGGUUGGAGAAUACCAUUAGUUACAUUAAGGGUGAGUUGGAUGAGCUUGAAAGAGAGGAUUUCUUUAGGUUGAAGAAGAUUCAGGGAUAUAAGAAGAGAGAAAUUGAGAAGCAGAUGCAGAUGCAGAUGCAGUCUGCCAAGGAACAGCUUGUUGAAAAGCUCCCCUAUCGCCAAGGGCUUUCCUUCAAUUCCUCUCAAAACAUGUUGUCCGUGGCAUCUGAGAAAGAUGAGGAUAUCAUUUUCUGAAUAUAUAUUUAUAUAUAUAUUGAGAGAGAGAGAAGCUGGGAUUUUGCUCCUUUUUCAGUGGUGGCUGUGUAUUGGUGUGAUGCUGCUUCAUCUGCUGGGUGAGACUUCUUUCCAAUUGUUUAGGUGACAGUGUUCUGUAUCAUGAAUAAAGGUGCUUAGUAUAUGUUUAUUUAUUUCUCUGUUAUUUAAGAACAUAAUUUUUAUCUUAUUCAGAGGCAUUGAGACCAUCAUCAUUUCAAACUAUGGUUCUUAUAUGAUAGUUGUUGUGAUUAGAUUUAAUUUCACUUUCAAAAUAUAUUGCAUCUCAGUAACAUAUGGCUGAAGCAGAAGUUAUGGAACCUGGAAAAGCAAAUUCAAAUUUAGGUCUUCGUUCUU